AUGGAGUCGUCAGACACCUCCUCCUCCACAAGCGGCAGAAGUGAAAAAGGUUUCGUAAACCUCCAUUUCACGCACGAGCCCCAGGACACAGUGGUGGUUCGAGGAGGAGUCCUGUGCCUCGAUUGCCAGGCCCGCUACGACUCAGCCCUCUCUUCUUCUACGCCUUCGUCUUCUUCGUCCCCCACACCUAAAAUAAUGUGGCGCAAAGAUGGAGUCCUCCUCAGCACCGUGGUGGAUGACCGGAGGCGGCAGUUAGAAAAUGGGUCACUGCUGGUCCAGAACGUCUUCCAGUCGCGGCACCAUCGGCCCGAUGAGGGCGGCUACCAGUGCGUGGCGGCGCUGGAGGGUAUUGGGGCCAUAGUGAGCCGGACGGCACGAGUCACCGUUGCCG